UUUUUCUGACAGUAAAAGGUCGUCGACGAGGCAAUGUAGUGUCUACACCACAGCCUACGUCCGACAUGGAUUUAUAUGAUCCACAGCCAGGCCCAUCCGGCCUCCAGUACACGGCUGUACAGGAUCAUACUGAUACUCAAUCGGGUCCAUCUAGUGUCAAUCCAACAACUUCUGACACAAAUACAGCUUAUCCCGAGGCUGAAGAGAAACAAACAAAAUCAAAGAUGAACAAAAUCAGCGCCUUCUUCAAAAGAAGGUGGCGAGCUGUAAAACGUGCAUCAACAUCGCACAAGAAGAACAACAAAAUGGCUCCACAGCUCGACAACAAUAUUUCUAUUUUUGAGCCAUUGACCCUGAGAGAUCCCCUGGAAGAUCUGCAAUCUGGUCUAUCCAUCCCAGAUCGAGAUCCAGAUGUUCCUGAGAGAACACUUCUAGAAGAAUGUGACCUUCUGCUGAAGGGCUUGCAGAAUCUGAAUGAUCCUCCAACCCCAUCAACAUUUCCAGGUCCUACUCUCAAGCAAAGAUGUAUUGGAAAUCCAACUUGGCUAAGAACGGUUUCCAAUCCAGGACCAUGUACCCUUCCACUUUCUGAGCUUUAUGAAGUAGAAGAGGAAAUUGGAAAAGGAUUCUUCGGCAGAGUGUGCAAAGGGAUCCGGAAAUCUGAUGGCAAACAGGUCGCCAUCAAGUUUACAGCGAAGCGGGAGACAGACCGGUAUAUCACAAUUGUAAGUCGGCAAUGCACAUGAUGCAGAAUAUAUUUCAAAUACAAGUGACAUGUCAAACAGAAAUAAAACUAAUCAUUUGUUGACCUGUUUUCUCCAGCCCGGUGUUGCCGAGCCACUGUUCGUGGAAGUGGCUCUAAACCUGCUGCUAAAUCAACCUCCUCUGAGUCCAUACAUCGUGCACAUGCUGGACUGGUUUGAAGAGCCAGAUCAAUUCAUCCUCAUCCUGGAAUACUCUCAACCUUCAAAAGAGCUCUUCAAGUUUUUUGUUAAGGAAAAGCCUAGUGAAUCUCAGGCACGUAGCUUGAUGUACCAAGCGGUGCUUGGAGCGAAGCACUGUCUAGACAGAGGUGUCUUACAUCGUGACAUCAAGCUGGACAACUACGUGAUCAACACUGAGACAAACCAAGUCAAACUAAUUGACUUUGGCUGCGGUGACAUAGUCAAAGAUGACUAUAAUGGUCAAUUCAUAGGAUUUGCCUGCCCACCUGAAUACUUUGUGGAUUUAAAGUAUGAUGCGGAAUCAUUAACUGUCUGGUCUCUGGGCAUAAUGAUGUACGGGAUGGUCUGCAAAUAUCCGGCCAGUACAGCUGAAGUGCACAAUCUGACUUUUGAUGCACAAGUAU